UGUUACUACAAUAAAAUAAAUUUUAAAAAGUAAAUAAAUAAAAAAUAAACUAAAAAAAAGAAUUGCUGAUGUAAAGUUAUGAAUUCAGGUUCUACUGAGAGACAGUACAGUGUACUGCUUAAGAAUGUAGACUCUAGAGCCAGAUUGCUCAAAUUGGAAUCCCAGAACCAACACUGAACUUGUGUAUGACCUCAAAUUAUUUAACCAUUCUUGCCUCAGUUUCCCCAUAUGAAAAAAAGGGAUAAUAAUGAAACUCAUCAUAGAUUUGAACUAUGAUUGAGUCCAUUUGUAUAAAGCACUUAAAUUAUGUCUUUGGUAAAUACUGUUAUGUGUUUAUUAUCAUUAUUAUAAUAAAUAUAAUGGCAAGCCACUGAGAGUUUUAGGAAGGAGUAGUACAUAAUCCGAUUUAGUAUUUUAAAAAAAUCUAUUGGCUGUUGUGUAGGAAAUGAAUUGUAAGAGGACAGAAUCUGAAGCAAGGAGACCAGUUAGGAGGCUCUGACAGUAUCUGAGGCAAGAGAUAUGGUUUGGACUAGAUUGGCAAUAAUGGAGACAGAAAGAGUGGACCGUUUUUAGAAAUGUUAUAGCAGGAGGGCUAAUAGGAGUUGCCUCCCUAUUGGAUGUGGAAGAUGAGGGAAAGAACAGAAUCAAGAACCACUCCUAGGAUUGGGAUUGAAUAAUAGGGUGGAUGAGGAUUCCAUUUCCCAGGAGAGUGAAGACUAGCAGAGGAGCAAGGUACAACAGAGGGAUGCAACCCAUAGUUCUGUUCUAGACAUGCUCUGUUUGAGACUUCCCUUCCACAUCCCCAAAGAAACAUCAAGAGUUGGGUUUUUGAAUCUGGAGUUCAGGAAGACAUCAGGGUUCAAGGUGUAAACUUAGGUUCAAGCAUCAUGUAGAGAUUAUAGAAAGCCGUGGAUGAGCUCUCCCAGGAAGAAAGUGUAGACAGUGAUGCGUAGCAGAACAUGCCUCCCCCAAAAUGCUGCUUUGGAGUGUUAAGUAUUUUCAGCCAUGGACACUUGGAAAACAGCAAAUGCAAGGAGAGGAUUUCUCUGAACUCGCCUUAUCUGCCUGAAGACAGAUCCUCCAAAAGGAAUUCAAUUGUCAUAAAUCCCCUCCCAGGAAGAUUCAUCAACCAAGGAAGACUGACUCUUCUCACAGGAGAGGAAACUAGAAGCAGAUACCACACCCAGACAAAUUUGUCAAAACUAUCAUAUCCCCAAUAUACUCUUCUAAGGGCCCAUUGGUCCUUCCUAAAAACCAUUCUCUCUCACUUAUCUUUUGUUAAUCUGUCUUUUAUUACAGGUGUCUCAGCUAAGAACUCAGAAAAGUAGAGGUAAAAUUACUCCCCCCACCCUCCGCCCCCGCCACAGCAGCUACUGGGACACUCCAUUUUUAUAAUUUCUUUUUCAUAAAAGCUAGCUAAACAAGAUGGGUUGUGUGGUGCAGAAUUAUAUACUUAUAAAUUAAGCACUCUCAAGUUUUUGCUGUUUUCUCUUCACCUGUUUUGCUCUCUUAUGUCUUUUAUCCUUGUACAGUUCUUUUAUACCUUUAUAUGUCACAUUUUCUUAUUUCCCUCCAAAUUUCCUCAUUCUCUUUCCAUAAGCUAUUUUUGUUAUCUAAGUUGGUCUAAUUUCUUGCCCUCCAGAUGACUCACCCUGUGCCCACCUCACCAGCUCCCAGCCCCCGGUCUGUGUUAAUAGACUCAGAAUAGAAAGAGAUUUGCUUCUGGAUCAGCAAAACCGAUCCAAAUUCUGGCUCCACCACUUACCCCCCAUGUGAUCUUGGACUCAAAGAGUUUCCUUCCGCUGUGAAAUGGAGAUAAUAAAACUCUCCAAAGUACAAUUGGGGAGAGAAAACGAAAUAGUGGCUAUGAAGAGAACUGUUAGAGGGCCGAGUGUCCAGAAGGUGCUCAACAAAUGGCAGAUGUUAAUUCUUAUGGCAUUUGAGCUUUCUCCCACUUCCGUUUUAGUGACACUUUUAUGAUUUUUCCAGGCUCUUAUCUUCAAACCCAGUAAUUUUCAUUUUAACUAUAAAUAUCUUCUUUGUUUGUUGCCUGCCUCACAUACAGACAUUGAUGCCUGUAAAUGUGGUUAUGUGAGCACUGAGCAGCGCAGGAGGCAUAGCUGGUUUGAUGAAGUCGAGCCCUCUAUCCUCGGCUCAGACCUCCACGUUAUCAUCCUUUUCCUCUAUCCAUCUUUCCUGAGCUUCCAUGCUAGGUCUCAGCCCUCUCCACCCUCUCAGCAAUCUUCUUCACCAGGCUCUUUAAGUGUUCCAUUUAGGAAUUUUUCUCUCUUUGUCUGAGUAUAUUAUUUCAGGAACCCUUCAACUGGAACAGGGCGAUUUUGAAACUUGUCUCUCAGCUGCUGUCAGCUCUUCCUCCUUUUUUAAAGUUAAAUUCGAGUCUCCAUCAGCAGCACCACACGCCCUGAGUGGCAAUUAUACAGCAAUAGAUAAUACACAUGAAGAUUGACACCAGAAACUUCUUGAUCCAACUCCCUCUAUUUUCUCAUGAUAAGAUCCAAACUUCCUGCAUCAUUAUCCUUCCUGCUAAUCUCGUGUUUACGCUUCAAUCUACCCUUAAAGCUUUCUCUCUAUAAAGUUUUGCUAAGAAUUCUCACUAGCUUCCACAUUCACAUCUUUAGCAUAAUUAUAUUUUCUUUCCUGACAAAUUUACAGCUUUGUACUUUGUUUUGUUGACUCUUAGCUUCCGCUUCUCUGGAAAACGACUUAAUUUAAAUACUCUCACUUUUUAUUUCACAGGGAUGUUGUAGGUGCCAGCUAUAAAUGGGCCUGGCUUCUUUCUCACUGUCUAUUUUACAUCUUUACUUAUCAAGGUCAUUCCAUCACUAUCUAGAUCUCUGAGAGUUUAAAACCCUAAAAAGACGUUUGAGACCUGAAAGAAAAAAGUCUUGGCUCCAAAAUACAGAAAGAUAACUGCAAAGUCAAAAUCAAUAUGUUAUUCCAAUAGCAAAACUAUAAAACUCUUUUCAAUUUUUAAAAGGAAAAUGAUAUGUGUGGAAUGUUGUUCCGUUUAAUACAUUUGAUAUAACGUUUUUUUGGGCAACCGAUUUUUGCAGUCUUGAGGGAUUAAGAGGACUUUUCUCUCCCUUGAUCUUCUUAUCACUUUAAAUCUAAUCUUAUUCCAUCAGGAAUCUGUUCAUCUUUCAAAUAAUUUUGCCAAGUUUUAAGCAUUCAGCAAAUUAAGUUUUCCUAAUCUCAUACAUAAUACAAAAAGGAAUAUCUACAUUUCAGAACUUCUAUUCUUUCUUUCAAAUACAUCCUUCUGGUUCACUAUAAAUAUACUUCACACAAUAAAGAACUGUAUCUAAAUAAAUGUAGUUUAAACUUUUGUUCCUGUGGUAGAUUCCAAAUAUUUGUUUUAAGGAUAAUUUUUUAAUCACAUCUAGCCAUAUCACCAUUUCUUGACUACAACUGAAAUUUCUUCCCACUAUCAUUCUUUUCUAGUAUAAAGUUGGCAUGUACUUAAAUUUUUCAAUUAAUUUCAAUUAAAUAAAAUUUCAGUUACAGUUAGAGAAUACAUACUGACUGUGCACGAAACUGGCACAAAGGAAGGAGUAAUCAAUUCUGCUAUUUAGAGAAUGGCAUCAAGGAAUAACAAUAACUAACAGUUUUUGAGCACCUACUAUGUGACAGGAACUUACUACUUUCUAACUUAAUUAACACAAACUUCCCCACACUGGAAUUUUUGAAGUUCACAGCAAUGAUCAUAACUUAAUUUUCAUUUGUUGUUGCUCCUGUGAGUAGUUCUAGAUGUUUCUAGGUGUGUCUUGAAUAUUGCCCAAUAAGCCUAUUUAUCCUGGGUACUACUAGGGACCCACUGAGCAUGAGGAUCUCCAACGGGUUCUGUCCCAUGGCAGGUGCAAUUUGCUAAUAUACUGAAGUCCCCUACUGGGUGCUGCCACAGCUCCAGCAGGCCCUGACACCACCAUGGAGGACCUUUAAAGUGCCAGAGCAGGGUGUCAAUCUUUGACCAAGUAGGGAACAACAUCCCUCACCUUUCUGUGAUGGACCCUGUUAGAGGCCCCCUACGCAAUGAUGUCCAUGACGUAACAUCCUACUGAGUGCUUUAUCAGGUUGUUCUUCCAGUAGUUCAUUCCAGGUCUUUUUCUCCCUUGAACUAAGACAUGAGUGUAUGGGCCAGAGUGGAGACAUUUGAUUAAUAUGGCAAUGAAGCUUUACAGUUCAAUACUCGGCUGUUUCCCUGGGAACAAAUACCUUCAAUGUGGCUCUUCAACCCCAGGUAAGUGGAUGCCGUCUGGUCAAAUCCCACCAAUCGUCUGGCACACCUACCCACAUCCAAACUCCAACAAGGGUUGCCGCUCAGGCUUAUUGGCUAGAAGAGAAAUUAAAUUUAUUGUAGAAAUGAGAAAACUGAAAAUCAACAACUUUAGGUAGUUAACCUGCCCAAGUUCAUAUGCUCAGCAAACAGCUGAAACAGGAUUCAAAUCCAGCUCCAAGUUUUCUGGCUUUUUGUUUUUUGUUUAAGAAUAUCAAACUGUAUCCUAGAACUCAGACAAGGGCCUCUUUAUCACAAGGUAUAUCAUUCUGUUCUUUAAAUGCUUGCCCUCCCUUUCCAACCAACUUCGCAGGGUGCAUCGAUAAACAACACUGACCAUGACUCUGAGGAGUUUACACUGCAGGGAGCUGAUCACUGUCUUCUUUCCUUUCUUCCCAAGCCAUCAUUUUAAUUUAUAUACCUAUGGGGAAGUCAUCUUUCAGCCUCUCCAAGGGGGAAAAAAAAACAAACAAGAGUAAUAUCUGGCUUCUCUACAGGAAGAUAAAGGGUUUGUCAAGACUGAAAUAUCAGCCCAACUAACCACUCUUUGGCAGCCAAGGGAAUGGACUGUGCCUGUUUUCUUCUGCUGCGUUUGAGGUCAGAGAAAACAAAUAAAGCUAUUUCCAGACCACAGAGAACUUUAUUACAGCUGAGACACAUGACUACUGUCUCCAACACACACUGCCUGUAGUAUAUCAACACAGCCACCUGGCCAGAGGAGCUGCUCCAAGAGUCACUAGGAAAUUUAACAGAAUUCCAUCCACCCCUGGCAAGCAGGCUGUAUUCUAUGGUCCACGUGACCAGUGAGGCAUGACCAGAAAGGAGCGUGGGGAAGAGUGGACCAAGCGACUCAGCUAGAGGCUGUCCAGCUGGAGUUCCUGCCUCCCUAAAAGCCCAGCAUAAAGCAAGCGAGCACAAGGAGUAUGGUUCUGAGGUAAGCAAGGUCAUGAAGACACCACUGUUGGGCCUGGCUUUGUGGUCACUGCUCUUCUAUCGAGGCAUCAUCUCCCAGGUGAGUCAGAACUGCAACGAUGGCUACUACGAGAUCAGUGUCCUGAUGAUGAACAACUCGGCCUUCCAAGAGUCCCUGGAUAACUUGAAAGAAGCAGUGAAUGAGGGGAUAAAUAUAGUGAGAUGGCGCCUGCAUGAAGCUGGCAUAAAUGUGACUGUGAAUGCUACCUUUAUCUAUUCGAAUGGUUUGAUUUAUAAGUCAAGCGACUGUCGGAGCAGCACCUGUGAAGGCCUUGACCUGCUCAGGAUAAUUUCAAGGGAAAAACGAAUGGGCUGUGCCCUCAUGGGGCCCUCAUGUACAUAUUCCACCUUCCAGAUGUACCUUGACACAGAUUUGAACUAUCCAAUGAUCUCAGCUGGAAGUUUUGGAUUGUCAUGUGACUACAAAGAAACUUUAAUCAGGCUGAUGUCUCCAGCUAGGAAGUUGAUGUAUUUCUUGGUUAAUUUUUGGAAGGCCAAUAAUUUACCAUUCAAAACUUUUUCCUGGAGCACUGCAUAUGUUUUCAAGAAUGGUUCCGAGUCUGAGGACUGUUUCUGGUACCUCAAUGCUCUGGAGGCUGGAGUUUCCUAUUUUUCUCAGGAACUUAUCUUCAAGGAUGUGUUGAGAGGAGAUGACCAGUUUCAGGGUAUCUUAUCGAACCACAAAAGGAAAAGCAAUGUGAUUCUCAUGUGUGGUAGACCAGAUGUCAUCCACUCCCUCAAGGGUGACCGGGCAGUGGCUGAAGACAUUGUCAUUAUUCUAGUGGAUCUAUUCAAUAACCACUACUUCACGGACAAUGUCACAGCCCCUGACUACAUGAAAAACGUCCUUGUUCUGACACUGCCUCCUGAAAAUUCCACCUCAAAUGGCUCUUUCUUUAAGGAUUUCUCACUGGCAAAAAAUGACUUUUCUCUCGCCUACCUGGAUGGAGUCUUGCUUUUUGGACACAUGCUGAAGAUAUUUCUUGAAAGUGGAGAAGAUGUUACCACCCCUAAAUUUGCUCAUGCUUUCAGGAACCUAACUUUUGAAGGGUAUACGGGUCCUGUGACUUUGGACGACUGUGGGGACAUUGACAAUACUAUGAUGCUUCUGUAUACCUCUGUGGAGACCAACAAAUACAAGGUUCUUUUGACCUAUGACACCCACAUAAAUGGAACUAAACCAGUAGAUAUGAGCCCCACAUUCAUGUGGAAGAACCAUAAGCUUCCUAAUGAUAUUCCAGGCCAGGGACCUCAGAUCCUGAUGAUUGCAGUCUUCACUCUCGCAGGAACUAUCAUCUUGCUCCUGCUCAUUGCUCUCCUGGUGCUGAGAAAAUAUAAAAAAGAAAAUGAACUUCGUCAGAAAAAAUGGUCCCACAUUCCUCCUGAAAAGAUCUUUCCUCUGGAGACCAAUGAGACCAACCAUAUUAGCCUGAAGAUUGAUGAUGACAAGAGACGAGAUACAAUUCAGAGACUACAACAGUGCAAAUACGACAAAAAGCGAGUGAUUUUAAAGGAUCUCAAGCACAAUGAUGGCAAUUUCACUGAGAAACAGAAAAUAGAAUUGAACAAGUUGCUUCAGAUUGACUAUUACAACCUAACCAAGUUCUACGGCACAGUGAAGCUUGAUACCACGAUCUUUGGAGUGAUUGAGUACUGUGAGAGAGGAUCCCUCCGGGAAGUUUUAAACGACACAAUUUCCUACCCUGAUGGUACGUUCAUGGACUGGGAGUUUAAGAUCUCUGUCUUGUAUGAUAUUGCUAAGGGGAUGUCAUAUCUGCACUCCAGUAAGAUAGAAGUCCACGGGCGUCUGAAAUCCACUAGCUGUGUGGUGGACAGUAGAAUGGUGGUGAAGAUCACUAAUUUUGGCUGCAAUUCCAUUUUACCUCCAAGAAAAGACCUGUGGACAGCCCCGGAGCACCUCCGCCACGCCAGCUUCUCUCAGAAAGGGGAUGUGUACAGCUAUGGGAUCAUCGCACAGGAGAUCAUCCUGCGGAGAGAAACCUUCUACACGUCGAGCUGCCGGGACCAGAAUGAGAAGAUUUUCAGAGUGGAGAAUUCCAACGGAGUAAAACCCUUCCGCCCAGAUCUGUUCCUGGAAACAGCAGAGGAAAAAGAGUUGGAAGUCUAUCUACUUGUAAAGAACUGCUGGGAGGAAGAUCCAGAAAAGAGACCAGAUUUCAAGAAAAUUGAGAAUACGCUGGCCAAGAUAUUUGGACUAUUUCAUGACCAAAAAAACGAAAGCUAUAUGGACACCUUGAUCCGCCGUCUACAGCUAUAUUCCCGAAACCUGGAGCAUCUGGUGGAGGAGAGGACACAGCUGUACAAAGCAGAGAGGGACAGAGCCGACAGACUCAACUUCAUGUUGCUCCCAAGGCUAGUGGUGAAGUCUCUGAAGGAGAAAGGUUUUGUGGAGCCUGAACUGUAUGAGGAAGUUACAAUCUACUUCAGUGACAUUGUAGGUUUCACCACCAUCUGCAAAUACAGCACCCCCAUGGAAGUGGUGGACAUGCUCAAUGACAUCUAUAAGAGUUUCGACCACAUUCUUGAUCACCAUGACGUGUACAAGGUGGAAACCAUUGGUGAUGCCUACAUGGUGGCUAGUGGUUUGCCUAAGAGAAAUGGCAAUCGGCAUGCAGUAGACAUUGCCAAGAUGGCCUUGGAUAUCCUCAGCUUUAUGGGGACCUUUGAACUGGAACACCUUCCGGACCUCCCAAUAUGGAUUCGCAUUGGAGUUCACUCUGGUCCCUGUGCGGCUGGGGUCGUGGGGAUCAAGAUGCCUCGUUAUUGCCUGUUUGGAGAUACUGUCAACACAGCCUCGAGGAUGGAAUCCACUGGCCUCCCCUUGAGAAUUCAUGUGAGCGGCUCCACAAUCUCCAUCCUCAAGAGAACUGAGUGCCAGUUCCUGUAUGAAGUGAGAGGAGAAACAUACUUAAAGGGAAGAGGAACUGAGACCACCUACUGGCUGACCGGAGUGAAGGACCAGGAGUACAACCUGCCAACUCCUCCUACUGUGGAGAAUCAACAACGCCUGCAAGCAGAGUUUUCGGACAUGAUUGCCAACUCUUUACAGAAAAGACAGGCCUCAGGGAUAAGAAGCCGAAAACCAACUCGGAUAGCCAGCUACAAAAAAGGCACUCUGGAAUACUUGCAACUGGACACGACAGACCAGGAGAGCACCCAUUUUUAAACAUAAAUGAGGUCCAAGGACUCAGGCAAAUGAAGGACAGCUGCACUGAGGCAGUGGCCUCAACUGUCCUAAAAGCAUCGUUUCCCUGAGACCUCGGGGGACCAGAGGAAGACGUAGAUGCAUUGCACUUAGCCUUGGCUGCCCUGCCUGGAACAGAGACUCGCUCCUGUGAAUCAGAUGUGCACACUCAGUGCGAUAAUUCCCUUUCACUCUGGAAUCUGAUCUCAACGGUUGCUCCAGGGAGCUUCAACCCAGGAAAGAAGAGGAAAGAACGUACCAUGUCGAAGUUGAAGAGAUUUUGUCCUUAUUUGUUUUGUUUUUGUUUUGUUGUGUUUACUGGCUCUUUUUCAUUCUGUAUUCAUGAUAAGAUUUUUUAAAAUUGUCACAAUUGUAUUUUAAGUAGCUUAUCUCCAUUAAAUUAUAUUUAACUCAUAAUUUUUGCAGAAAAUAUGCUAUAUAUUAGGCAGAAAUAAAAGUUAGAGGUUUACUGA